AUGUUUUCAUCAUCGGCAUGGUGUUCAAGUACUUGGGUUAAAAAAGCUGAAGGUAUAAAAGCUAAGGCUACGUUGUUGUUUGAUCCAAAUUUUCGGCCUCAUGUUGCAUAUUGUAUUAAGAACACAAUCCCAUUGGUAAGAAUUUUGAGAGAGGUCGAUUCAGAAGAAAGGCCUGCCAUGGCUUAUAUUUAUAAGUUGAUGGAUUCUGCCAAAGAAAUGAUUGCCUUUAAUUGUUCAGGCAAUGCUAGAAAAUAUAAGCCACUUGGGAAUAGAAUAGAUACAAGAUGGACUCCACAACUUCAUCAACCUUUACAUGCUGCAGGAUACUAUCUGAAUCCUCAAUUUUGCUAUGCAGAUGAGUUUUCCAAUGUUGAAGUGGUGAGGGAAGGAUUAUUUGAAUGCAUGGACCAAAUGUUAGAUUAUGAUGCUCAUCUGAAAGCUGAUAGUCAGAUUCAUCUGACCAAGCAAAAGGUGAAUUUGGAAGCCAUGUGGCAAUUGACUUUCGAAAAUUACGAUCUCCAGAUCCGUACAAAAAAAAGGAAUAUACUUGAAUAUAAAAGGUUGAAUGGUUUAGUGUAUCUGAGGUACAACACUGGAUUGAGAGACAGAAGUAUAAAAAGAAGACAAAACAUUGAUCCUGUAUUACUGGAUGAAAUUGACUUGGAUGGUGAAUGGAUUGCAGAAAAAGAAGUUCCCCUCCUUCCACAUGAUACUUCUUGUCUUGAAGAUAAAGAUUUAUUCAAUGUUGAUGCUGUUAGAAAUGUGUCAUUCAAGCCUUGUGAAAGUGGCGAAGAGGCAAAAGGCAAGGAUAAAGACAUUUACUCAAGAUUAACUAAUGAAGAAGUCAAGUUAGAUGAAGUGGUAGGAUAUGCAGAUGCAAGUUUUCCCACUAGUGAUGAUCUUGAUGAUGAUUAUGAUAUUGAUACAGAUAAUUUAAUCUGA